UUGAGAAGUCAAAUGUUAUUUCCCUUGGCCUUGUAUAUAACGAAAAUCUCUCAGUUUUAGAAACAUGGUUCAUCUUUUCAAUGCUGGUCCUGCGAAAGUUCCUGAUGAAGUCAAGGAACAAAUUCAGUCAGAGUUCUUCAACUUUGCAGGUUCCGGCAUCAGUGUCAUUGAGAUAAGUCACAGGAGUCCAGAAUUCACUGCUCUUAUGAACGAAAGCAAUGUUAACCUGAGAGAAAUCCUAGAAAUCCCUGACAACUACAGAAUUCUGUGGUUAGCUGGGGGUGCAACUGGACUGUUCUCUUCCAUUCCUCUUAACUUGAUAACCAGUAAAGAUGAUGUUCUGGACUACGUUGUUACUGGAACUUGGAGUAAAGGUGCUGCUAAGGAGGCUGAGAAGUAUGCUAAUGUUAACUACGUUGUGCCAAUCCCUGCAGACUUUACAGGAGUUCCUCUAGAAGAGAGCAUGAAGUUUACACCAGGAGCAAAGUACGUAUUUUACUGUGACAACGAAACAGUUAACGGUAUCGAGUUCCCCCACAUUCUCAAAACUGACAGCACUAUCGUGUGUGACAUGUCAUCUAACUUCCUGUCCCGUGCUGUAGAUGUCCAAAAGUAUGGGGCUAUAUUUGCGGGGGUACAGAAGAACGUGGCACCAGCUGGGUUAGGAGUGCUGAUUAUAAGGGAGGAUCUGAUCUCCGCUGAUAGGCUUCACCAGGUUCCCAAAGUCUGGGAUUUCAAACUUCAGGAUGCUGCUAACUCGUGUCUGAACACCCCCAAUGUGUUCUCACUGUAUGUCACCAAUCUCGUGCUGAAACAUCUCAUGAAGAACGGAGGAUUGAAGAGAUACUCUGAGCUCUCUCGUCAGAAGUCCAGUGCAAUCUAUGAUAUAAUCGAUGAUAGCAAUGGUUUCUACGCCUGCAAGAUUGACAAAGAUGCCCGUUCCAGGAUGAAUGUCACUUUCAAGCUAGCUUCCAAAGAUCUGGAGGCUGAGUUUGUGAAGAAGGCAGCUGAUCUUAAAAUAGAAGGAGUAAAGGGGCAUCGUUCUGUGGGUGGUAUCCGGGCUUCACUUUACAAUGCGGUUACUAUGGAGAGUGUCAACUACCUUGGUGACUUCAUGAAGUCUUUCCAGAAAAAUCACGAGUAAGCUAUACUGUUUUGUGGAAAAGGGAGCCCCGUUAGAGAAUUGUUGAGUAAAACUAGAAAUUAGAGUUAUAUUAUAUAAUAUAAUAUAAUAUAUCACGAAAAAUGCUAUGCAAAAUGUUUAAAAAAUUAUAAGUUACAAGCAUAUUCGUUGUUUUCAAUGUGCCAUUUAGAAUUUUAUAACUAUGUAAAUUAGAGUUUUUUGAUUUUCUAGAUUUUCUAGAUUUUAAUUUAGAUCGUAUCGGUUUUUUGCACUUUGCCCUAAUUUUAUUAUUCUC